AACAUAUAAUCUCUAAUAGGUAUGGUCCAAUGAAGCAAGUAUACGGUUAUUUGCUCAGUUACCGCUAGUUAGCCACAAAGAAUGGAAAAUGAUACACAAGUCUGUGAUCUUUCUUGGAACAGGACACAGGAACUUGACGAAAGUGCCGGGGAUAAAGAAAAUAACCCCGUGGCGGUAUUCGCUAUUAAAGAGCAACGACUUCUGAUAUAUCCAGGCAACCAAUAUGUGAUUGGACGUGGAAAUGGAGUGUCACUUCAAGUUCGGGCAAAGACAUUAUCAAAGCAGCACGUCCAGAUAGAAUACGAGGGAGGAAGCCAUCUUAUUACUGAUCUAGGCAGCAGGAACAAGACUAAACGAGGCGGGUUGUUAUUGCGUCCCAAUGUGGUGUAUGAGUUGCCCGACAGAGCGGAGUUACUGUUAGGCGACACUAAAGCCACCUACAACUACAUUCACGAGAAUGCGGCAAACAAUUUCCUGGGUGUGACAGCGGGACGACUUCCAAACUGCAGUUCGACUCCUGCAAAGACAGUCAGAAUACAAGACGAAGUACAGGCGCUAGAGAUUAGCGCAGACGGCGAGAGCAGUGACGUUGAGGCUGUACCCCCAUCACAAUUUCUACCAAACCUUGACGAAUCUUCGCUUCUCUAUGUCGAAGACUCUCCACAAAACUCUCCUCUAAAGACCCAUAAGACGCUCGGUCAACAAGUGCCUGAAACACCCGGAGCUGUCAGGGUAACUAGUCGUCAACUUCAAUUGGAUCAGUCUGAAGAGUUAGGCAAGGAUACAAGUCUGAUAAACACGCUAAAGGAGCUAAAUACUUUAGCGCAGCUGCAAGGAAAAGACCUGACUACUACAAUCCCCGACUCACAACUACCCAACUUCACGUUAGAAGAUGCGGAUGAGCAAUCAGAUUGUGGCUCAGAGAUUGUGGAUCUAAACAAUCAAUGUGAUGAGCCUGAGAAGAUUGCUGAAACACAGGAUGCAAGAGAAUCGCGAUCGGAGGGAGAGGAUAGCAAUGUUGGAAUGGGAGAUGAAAUGAACACACAAUGUUGGGAUAUCACAAUUCCACCCGACGAGGAGGAGGAGGAGAAAAAGAAGAAAAAUGAAGUUACAGACAAAAUUGAGGACACAGAAGUUGAAAAAGUCGGAGACUCGACAGAUAAGGACACGUCUUUAGAGGAGUGUGACACGACAGCUGAUACUGCAACAGCCAGUGAAGAUGAGGACGAUCCUCUCCAAGAUGAUCAAGCGACGACUUCCGACUUGAUAUCGGGCACUGGUGAGAAGAGUGGGAGUGAAGAACAAACCAAAGAGGUGGGGUUAACAGAUAAGACACAAGAUAUUGACAACAGUGAUAUGGAGAUUACAUGUCUGGAUCAAAGUAAAUCAGUCCCAGGGGGAGAGAUCAGUAUGCUAUCUGAAGGAUUAGCAGGAGGAUUCUCUCCUACAUCGGCCCCUGCUACUGAGAUUGAGGGAGAUAGUGAUGCCACCGAUAUAGAGGAAGAUAUACCUGUUAUUCCUGCUCGACCAGGCCAUCUUCCUGCCUCCAACCGGAGAUCUACAAAUCUUCAAGAAAGUUUGAUAGAACCACCGGCAAUGUCAGAAUCGGAACUAGAAAAUUCAAUUGACAGAAGAGACAAAUACAGAAGGAGUCUGAUGAACUCCAUGGCAGAGGACAGCCAAAUGUGGGCGAGUGUGAUGUCAACUAAAACGUCCUCUACAGCAAGCAAUAGUAACUCUCAAGGGGACCCUGAGAAGACCCCUCCCAGAGAGGACUUUAUGGAAGAUAUUGCCAGGACUCCACCUCGAUCUGUCACCGAGAGACCAAACACGAAUCCUGUCACCACCCCUACAAAAAUUCUAGAGGUCAAAUCUCAGAUUCAAAUGAUCGAGAUGUCUGAUGAAGUUGUGGAAGGUGACUUUGUGGAAACACAGGAAGUUCCUAACAUUACCAUCGAGGAGAAAGAUGAAAAUACUUAUGAUGAAGUUGGUAAAAGUGCUAACGGAAGCACGAAUAAUAAAUCAGAUAACACGAAAGAGGUAACAACUAAACCAUCUGUGUGUGCAAAGGGAAGUGCCGUCGAUGAGAUGGACACGGAAGAUGAGGAGGAUGGUAUUGAAGAAGGUGACGACAAGCAAUUUAUGCCAGAGCUUCGGCUAGAUGACGAGCCCGUCUUGCUUAUUGACAAUUCUGAUGACAUGAAGGCUACUGAGGACGACGAUGAAACAGACUGUGAGAUUGAUGAUGAUGAUGAGAUGACAAAUAAGGGGCGAGAAGGUGGAAUAACUGAGGUUGUUAAGGAUGAUGACGAAGAUGAUGAGCUGCAGAUAACAUCGGUGCAGGAGGCAUGUUCGCUGGUCAUAACUCAUGUUAUGGAUGUAGAGGAUACCUCAGAGGUCAGCGAAGUCCAAGUGAAUGAGGUUAGUGAGGCCCCGGUUACUGAGGUUAAUGAGGUUCCUACUGCUGCAGUUGAUGACGUUUCUAUUUCCGAGGUUGAGGAUGUUCCCAUUGCUACAGUUGAUGACGUUCCAGACCCUGAGCUUAUUGAGGAAGAUACCCCCUGCACAUUGGAGCUUGACGUUAGACUCAUCGGAGGAACAGAUGGAUUCGAUGUUAAAAUUAAGGGAGAGCCAAAUUCGCAGGAAAAAGCAAGCAAGUCGUUCAUGUCGAUGUUUGACAGUGACGAAGAAGAUGGACCAGUGUACGAUUCUCAGCUCAACACCUUGCCAGCUGGAGACUAUGUAGCUCAGUCGUUCGACCUUAUAAGUCCAGUCAAAAAGAAGGAGCCUUUAAAUAAAAAAGGUGCAGGCAGAGGAAGAAAACCCAGAGCGACGAAACCCAAAGCAGUUCCAAAUCGAAAGAAACACAACCCUUUCGAUUAUGAGUCCGAGGAGGAUCAGGAAGAGGACAUACCAAAAGGCCGAAGUUUGCACAAAAAUUCAGCUGCUAAAAAAGAAGGAGAAGGCACUGAAAGUGGUCUGACAGCUGAAGAUUCAAAACCUGCGAAGAAGGAAGAGAAAAGUACUCAUCGGACAGUUCUAAAGUUAGAAAGUGUCGAGGAACUUCUCCGAAAACGGAGAGAGGUUAAACAAAGGUUGGACGCAAAAGAGACCAACAAAGCACACAAAACCCAAAAUAAAGGUAAGAAUAAGAAAUCAACGAAAGUUCUGGAUGACGAAGAUGAUUUGCCUGAAUUCGGUUUGAUGGAUGAUGCAAGUGAUGACAGUGACGAGGUCAUAGAGCUUGACUUGAUCACCUCUUGUAGAAAACCCAAGAUAGUCCCUGUCCAGAUACCAGUUCUCAAACAGGAACCGCAACAAGAUUCCAAUAUUACUCCGUGCGAACAAGGGAAGGUCACUGGAAGUUCCAGAAAGAGAAAGCCCGUCCAAUCACUACCGAAUAACCCCAAAAAAGACAAGCUAUCACUUCCUUUAACAGACCUUGACAACGCGAAGAGGACCACAAAGUUACCACCUGCAAGCUUAAAACAGAAGGUUGCGGCAAGGAAGCAGAAACGUCCACUGAGUGAUUCGGAAGGUGAUUCAAGUGGUGUCUCGAGGAGAAGCGCAAGAAGAGGAAAUGAUGAUAGCGAUGAUACGCAGGAUUCGAUGAAAUCGAAUCAAUCCAUAGCAAGGUCAACACGAAGGGGAAAUAAGAACAAAAUCAUUGAAACUGAAUCAGAUGAUGGAGAACUUUCCCUCAAAGCUGAAUCUGAAAUCCCUACCACCAAGAAGAAAACAGUUGCAGCGAAACGGGGGCGGAAGAAGCAGAACACUGCUCCAGAUAUAACUGAUGACGAGGAAGCGAGAAGUCAAUCUCCGGAUCCUCAGCCUACCCUCUCUACUCCCGUGAAGCGACAAACUAACCGAGCGUCUAGAAGUUCACCAGCAGUCUCUUUAAAGAUGGAAUGUUCUCCUGCACCCUCUACCCGAAGGAGAACCAACCCCUCUGACUCUAUCGAAGGUUCACCAGCUCCAAUAUCAAAACGUGGUAGAAGAAGAAAAGUGAACUCCGACGUCAAGGAGUUCCUGAAAGAAGCGAAGAAAGAGUUGGAAACUAAGAUUGGGAGAGCAAAAGGGGGAGCUAAAGUGAAGGAGGAAAUGGUUGUGGAGGAAGACCAGGAAAAUGUUGCAGUGAAGGUUGAACCGAAGAAGAGAGGAGGUCGGAACACGAAGAAGCCCGGAGUGAAACAGGAGUUUGAUGUCUCUCCUGAACCCCUCAUAACGGUUGGCAGAGGAAAACGCAAAAAGACGUCAGGAUCAACGGUAAAGGAAGAAGCUCAGUCCCCCUCAGCUGCUAUUAUCAACAAGUCGUACAAGCAGGGAGAUCCUCAUCUAGCUCCUCCACCUCGCUCUACCACGAUAAACAAAAGAGUAGAGAUAGUGUACACAGGGAUAACACCUGACAGCGCUUCUAAAAAGAGCAUAGCCGCUCUGGAUGGGUUUAUCUCCAGCGAUAUCAGCACUUGUACUCACCUGGUCACUGACAAGAUAAAAAGAACAUCUAAAUUCUUGUGUGCCAUUGGUCGAGGAAUUCCCAUCGUCAGUGAAAACUGGUUGAAGGAGAGUAAGAAGAGCAAAACGUUUCUCGAUGCCGCCGACUUUUUCAUCAAAGACAAAGAAACAGAGAAGAAGUACAAGUUUGUCCUGACACAGUCCCUGACAAAUGCUCGAACUUGUCCCUUUUUGUCCGGGAAGAGUGUGUUUGUGACCAAGUCCUGCGAACCUACUCCCGAACAGUUCCAACCCAUUAUUAGUUGUAACGGUGGCACGAUGCUCAAGAGAGCUCCCAAGGCCUCAGAUCGCAACGUCAUCAUCAUCGCUGCUUCAGACGACAAAUUGACUACGUUAAAGAAAUGUGGAGCUCCAAUUUGUACCCCCGAACUCGUUCUGACUGGAGCCUUGAGGCAGGAGCUUUGCAUCGACGAAUUUUCUCUUCGGGAAAAAUCACCUGAUUUUUAACUUAUCGUUUAGAAAUCAUAACAUUGAGCUUCCUUGUCGAUUAUUAACGGUGCAACAAUUCAAAGGGAUAGUUGUGGGACUGUUUAUACAAACUUAUUUUCGACAAAAAUGUUUUAGUGCAAUAAAAGCCUCGAUUUGAAAACUUGACAGUUUUUAACAACGCGCCUGCCAUUUUUGGAUUUUUAAUCAUGAUAAACCCGAUCACUGUUAAUUUAUUUUGUUUUGUAAUCAACGCCUUACAAUUUACAUAAUGCCAUGACAACCUGCAAAACUGUGUAUGAUGAUAAUUAUCAAUUAAUAUAUUAAACAUUUUUUAGGGUAAAACCACUGAGGGUUUUCUAACCCAGUGAACAACUUUUUUAGUGUUAGCUAAUCCAUCGUUAUUUAUCGUAUUUUAUUGAAAGAUUAACAAGAAAAUUUCAAUUGUUGAUGGAUGAAUUGGGAAAACAUCUAGAUUGGAUAAUAAUUCCGAUUAUUCAGCCUGUUUAAACUUUACAGAUAACUUUCUUAAUCUUAUAAUGUAGGUCUUGUAUUUUAAGCUUUUCAAGAUUGCCCCAUUUGGUUUGUUAAUUUAUGAUUUAGACAGAGCUCAACCUGAAAUCCGAAUAUUCAUUUUACUCAUAAUCAUGAGUAAAUGAUACUAUUAGAGUAGUUUGCAAUCUGUUUCGCACGUUUUUAUUUUUACUGAAGUUUUGUAUUUGUUAUGUACUUACUUACCAUGUUAAUGCUAUUUCACCUUUGAAAUGCUCUGUUUUACUUC